CCGCGGGGUUGCCGGUGGUCGCUCCGGCUGUGCAGCGGGUGGGCUGUUCCUGCCGGUAAAGGCCUGAGGUGGCUCCGCCACGGUGUCUGUCGCUGUGACCUGCCCGGGCCGCGGCAGUCGUAGCGUGACCGGCUGGGAACCCCAGAAGCCGGAGAAUGGAUUCAGUGGCCUUUGAGGAUGUGGCUGUAAACUUCACCCUGGAGGAAUGGGCUUUAUUGGAUCCUUCACAGAAGAAACUCUACAGAGAUGUGAUGCGCGAAACCUUGAGGAACCUGGCUUCAAUAGGGAAAAAAUGGGAAGACUGUAACAUUGAAGAUCAGUACAAAAAAAAGGGAAGACAUCUAAGAAGUCGUGUGGUAGGGAGACCCUGUGAAAGUAAAGAGGGUCGUCAGUGUGGAGAAAACUUCAGCCAUAUUCCAAAUCUCAAUCUGAACAAGAAAACGUCUACCAAAGUAAAACCAUGGGAGUGCAGUACAUGUGGAAAAGUCUUCAUGAGUCAUUCAUCCCUUAAUAGGCACAUGAGAUGUCACACUGCGCCCAAACCGUACAAGUAUCAGGAAUAUGGAAAGAAGCCUUAUAAAUGUAAGCAUUGUGGGAAAGCCUUCAGUUAUCUCCAACCUUAUCAAAAACAUGAAAGAAAUCACAGUGUAGAGAAAACCUAUAAAUGUAAGGAAUGUGGGAAAUCCUUUAGAUAUCGCCAGUCUGUUCGCAAACAUGAACGGACUCACACUGGAGAGAAACCCUAUCAGUGUAAACAGUGUGGAAAAGCCUUUAGAUAUCAUCAGACCUUUCAAACACAUGAGAGGACUCACACAGGAGAGAAACCCUAUGAAUGUAAACAGUGUGGUAAAGCCCUCAGUUGUCCCAGUUCCUUUCGAAGUCAUGAAAGGACUCAUACUGGAGAAAAACCUUAUGAAUGUAAAAAGUGUAGUAAAGCCUUCAGUUGUCCCAGUUCUCUUCGAAAACACGAAAGAACUCAUACUGGAGAGAAACCCUAUGACUGCAAGGAAUGUGGGAAAGCCUUCAUUUCUCUUGGAAGCUUUCAGAGACACAUGAUAACACAUACUGGAGUUGGACCUUAUAAAUGUAAGGAAUGUGGGAAAGCAUUCAAUUGUCCCAGUUCAUAUCGAAUACAUGAAAGAUCUCACACUGGAGAAAAACCCUAUGAAUGUAAACAAUGUGGUAGAGCCUUCAGUUGUUCCAGUUCCUUUCGAACACAUGAAAGAACUCACACUGGAGAGAAACCCUAUCAAUGUAAGGAAUGUGGAAAAGCCUUCCAUUGGCUCACUACUUUUCAAGUCCAUGUGAGAACUCACACUGGAGAGAAACCCUAUAUAUGUAAGCAAUGUGGGAAAGCCCUUAGUUGUCCCACUUCGUUUCGAAGACAUGAAAGGACUCACACUGCAGAGAAACCCUAUGAAUGUAAACAAUGUGGGAAAACCUUCAGUUCUGCUCUAGGUUUGCAGAUACAUGGAAGAACUCACACUGGAGAGAAACCUUAUAAAUGUGAGGAAUGUGGGAAAGCAUUUGUUUCUCUCACAAGCUUUCGAAGACACAUGAUGACACACACAGGAGAUGGACCUUAUAAAUGUAAGGAAUGUGGGAAAGCCUUCAAUUGUCCCAGUUCAUUUCGAAUACAUGAAAGAACUCACACUGGAGAGAAACCUUAUGAAUGUAAAAUAUGUGGUAAAGCCUUCAGUUGUUCUAGUUAUGUUCAAGUGCAUGAAAGAACUCACACUGGAGAGAAACCUUAUGAAUGUAAGGAAUGUGGAAAAGCCUUCAUUUAUCGCACAACCUUUCGAGGACAUAUGAGAGUGCACACUGGAGAGAAACCAUAUAAGUGUAAAGAAUGUGGGAAAGCCUUCAGUCGACCCAGUUCAUUUAGAAGCCAUGAAAGAAUUCACACUGGAGAGAAGCUUCUUGAAUUCUGUUGGAUCCAUGGGUGAGUUGAAAUGUAAGUGUAAUAUGCCAAUAGAAUUAAUGCUUAUAUAAUUUUUAAAUUGUUCUGCAAGUUAAGGAAUAAUGUUGGUAUUUGUUGGGAUUUACCUUGUCUGUCAGGUACUAGAUACUCCUUACCCAUUAUAAGUAUUCUUCCUUUCUUACGAGAAACUUUUUCUCACAAGAGCUUUCUUCCAUUUUCUUUGAUUAAUAAAUUUGUUUUGUUGGCAUAAAUUUGUAAGUAUGCAAAAUUUAUCGUCGAGUAUAAUCUCACUUGAGUUACUAUUUACAUCUUUUCCUUUUACUCUGUCAUUCUUUCUGACUGUGAUUUGGAUAAUAGACUUUACAUAAAGAAAAGAGAUCUGUAUUGACAUCAACCUCAAACUUAUGAAGCAACCUUAAAAUGUUCACAAGUGUAAUUAUUUUAGAUUUAAAUUCAUAGCUACAGUAUCUUUGCACCAAAGCGACAUUUUUUCCCCCAUCAAUGUAUUAAAACCCUGCCACAUUACUCUGAUGUCACCAUUAGGAGUAUCUUUUCCCCAUAAUACAAUUAGAAUGAUUGUGUGAUGCCACUAAAGUCAACUAGUGACAUUAUAUUCCCUCCAUUCAUAUUGGGCACCUGCUCCGUGCCUGUGCUGGACACCGGAAAUAACAGCAGUGAGUGUAAGCCAUGUGGUUGCUGCUCUCACAGUGCUUCAAGUCUGUGAGAUAAAAUAGAGUCGUCAUGUUUCUAGCUAUUUUCCUUAGUGUUUAUAUUUGAAGUCACAUUCAUUUUUGCGUUGACAUUAUAUGUGAUAGACCAAUAAACUUUU